AUGGCGGCGGCGGUGGCGGUGGCGGUGAUCGCUCUUGUGCUUCUACCCGUCGGCGGGCGCGGCGAGGAGAGGCCCACCGCAGCGCACCCGCACGGGCUCCCCUUCGAGAGCCCGCUUGCUCUGUCUCCAGCUGCUUACGACUUCUUCCACCCCAGCGCGCGCACCCGUCGAGCUCAUCACGGCGUCGCGCCGGCGCCGGCGCUCGCGCCUCGCGUACAGCAGCAGCAGCAGCAGCUGAGGGAGUCGGCGGUCAGAGGAACGUCGUCGGCGGGCGUAGCGAAGGCCGACCAGGAAGAAGGGGCGGCCGUGGCGCCCGUGGAGACGCGCCGGCGCCACAACCACACGGUGACAGGCGUCUUCGUCGGCGCCGCGGCGGCCGCGCUGGUGGCUGUCGGCGUGGCCUACGCCGUGGUGCGGAGCCGGGUCGUGGCGGCGCGCGGUGGCGCGGGCGCGGCCGCGCCCAAGUCGACCGCGUAG